ACAAACGUUCUUUCCAAUGGCAAAAACCAAACAUCUUCUGUCUCCCAAACUCUCUCUCACCUUUCUUAGUCUUCUCAUUGUAGCCGCCACCUUGGCCGCAGCCGCCGCUACAAAGGGUGUGGAUUCUCCUUCGUCCAAAACCGGGCGUCCUCGGCCCUUCAAGAAGCUCAACAAACCGGUGGUUCUAAUGAUUUCUUGCGACGGAUUCCGGUUCGGUUACCAAUUUAAAACCGACACACCUAACAUCGACCUUCUCAUCUCCGGAGGAACCGAAGCCAAAUCCGGUUUAAUCCCGGUUUUCCCCUCGAUGACAUUCCCAAAUCACUACUCUAUCGCAACCGGACUCUACCCGGCUUACCACGGUAUAAUCAUGAACAAAUUUACCGAUCCAAUAACCGGGGAAGUGUUCAACAAAGGCCUAGACCAGAAAUGGUGGUUAGGUGAGCCAUUGUGGGUAACCGCAGCAAACCAAGGUCGCAAGGCUGUGACUUUAUUUUGGCCAGGCUCUGAAGUUCCCAAAGGUUCUUGGACUUGCCCUAAAGGAUUGUGUCCACAUUACAAUUCUUCUGUCACUUUCGAAGAAAGGGUCGAUACGAUCUUGAGCUAUUUCGAUCUUCCCGGGAGCGAAAUACCAGAUUUCUUGAUGCUAUACUUCGAUCAACCGGACAAAGAGGGCCAUGAGUAUGGCCCCGAUGAUCCUCGGGUUACAUCUGCGGUCUCAAAGGUCGAUAAAAUGAUCGGUAGGGUCAUUCAGGGUCUGAAGAAGAGGAAGAUCUUCGAUGAGGUCCAUGUGAUAUUGCUUGGUGAUCACGGAAUGGUGGCCAAUUGUGAUAAGAAAACAAUUUACAUUGAUGACUUAGCAGAUUCGAUAAAGAUACCUGCGGAUUGGAUCGACGCUUAUAGUCCGGUGCUAGCAAUGAAUCCACGGUGGGGCAAAGAUGUCAAGAAUCCAGGUGAGAAGAACGCAGAAGUCGUGGCCAAGAUGAACAAAGCUUUGAGCUCAGGGAAAGUAGAGAACGGAGAGUUUUUGCAGGUUUACUUGAAGGAGAAGUUACCGAAAAGGUUGCAUUAUUCCGAGAGUUCCCGGAUUCCGCCGAUUGUAGGAAUGGUCGGAGAAGGUCUCAUAGUUAGACAGAACAGAACAGACGCUCACGAAUGUUACGGAGAUCAUGGAUACGACAAUAAAUACUUCUCCAUGAGAUCUAUCUUUAUAGGACAUGGUCCUAGGUUUAGGAGGGGAAAGAAAGUGCCGUCGUUCGAGAAUGUUCAGAUCUACAAUGUAGUUGCAGAGAUUCUCGGCCUCCGACCAGCUCCGAACAAUGGUUCUUCUCUGUUCACGAGAAACAUUCUCUCGCCCUUUAAAGAAACAUGAGAAGUACAAUGAAUCAAGGAAGCUAAAAAGCUCUUAGUCGCAUGCAUUCAUGAAUAAUAAAUGAUAAUUGUGUUCUUUUAA